CACACGUGAACCGCAAAUCGCACCAUUCUCUCCUCCCCCUCAACCGACCGCACCUCCGAAAAAAAAAAAAAAACCCUAAAAGCUUUGCGUCCGACGAAGGGAGAAGAGUAAAGGGUUAUCAAAUACAGAGGCCUAAUUUGCGCUCCUCUCCAUUUCUCCGCUCGUGACUGUUGUUAGAGGACAUGUUCUUUUCUCAUUUUUAUGACCAUUCGAAGUUCGUGACUUUUCUGGCCUCAAUGUUCAUUAGCUUAUCACUUUAAUCAUUGCAAUAAGGCAUCUAAGAUGCAAGCCCUGAAUACUUCAGCUUUGCUGGAUUUCCUUCAACAGUUCAGAGCAAUGGAUGCGUUAAUCAAACUAAUGUCUAGGGUACGAAAUCUAGUAAUGGCGACAGGGUUGUUAUGCUUUGCAGCAGGUGGCUUGUCAUUCCCCUUCUUUCUAGCGACAUCGCGGAAUAAACCGAUAAUUGAUCCAUCAAAGCCACUGCCACCUCAGGCUACCUUUCGGGGUCCCUAUAUAAACACUGGAUCUCGCGAUAUUGGGCCGGAUUCUACCACCUAUCCCAAAAUGUAAUCUUUAUCUGAUUAGCAUUCUCUCUACCCUUAUAGAGAGUUGUUAUUAAACCAUGAAACUUUUCUUUCUAGUUCUUCCACUACAUGUAAUCAGUGACUCAGUGUAAUACAUCCAGAGCAGCUGAUUUCUUGUAUUUCUCUUCUUCACUGUCUUCAAAUGACUUUUUGUGCAAUAUCAGAACUGAUUCACCUUUUUUUUUAUCUUA